AUGCCUCAAUUCAUCAACUUCGCUCUUUUUGCGGCAGUCCAGCUCGCUGCUACCAUGCCAUCGUCCUCUCCCAAGUCAGCAGAGCUUGAGAAGCGUCAAGGUGCUGACAACAACAUCUACGGCUGCACUGAGUCAGGCUGUACCGAUUGUCCAGUGUCCUUUGGCACAGGCAGUGGCUUCCCUGAAUGCAUCAUCUACGACACUGCGCAGCUCCGAGACCAAGGCUACCCAGUCGAAGACAACGGCCAAUCGACCAUCUUCUUCGACGUCCCACCGUUGGACAGUGGCUGUCAGGUCAUUGUCCGCACCCCAGUCGUCCCCACAGAGAACGACUGUGGCGGCAACGUUCUCAUCGCCCAAGGCGCUACCUGUGCCCCUGUCCGCGUCGACAACACCUUCAUCACCUUGUUCUGCUGCGGCACAGACGACUGCGCUGGCGCUGGCGCACCUCCCGCCAAGCGCAGCCCCAACCCAGCUGCGAAUGCUUUCGGUGGCAGCGGUGCGAUGUACAUGACUAUGCGCGAUCGCGAUGGGAAUGUCAUUCCUCCACGCAACGCUUCUAGCACUUCCAUCAGCGAGCGAGAUGUCGUGAAGCCGCUCAAGAAGCGGGACUGCGAGUCUUUCACUGUCACCCGCCAACCAUACACUGUGUCUGGCGGCAACAACAUUGUCUCUGAUACCGUGACUUGCAGCCAGACCGAGUCGUGUGAUGCUACUCUGGGAAGCAGCGUCACCGAGACUUGGGGCGUGGAUGUCAGCGUCUCCGUCGGCGACCCCUUCGGCAUCGUCAGUGCCAGCGUCGGUGUCAGCUGGGAACAGUCGAUUGAGCGAUCGUUCUCUGGAACGUUCACCUUUGGCCCUGGCGAGAGGGGAUAUGUGGUGUUCAUUCCACUGCUCACCUGCGUCGAGGGCGCUUUUGAUGGAGACUGCGAGGGUAAUGGCCAGGUUGUGACUGCUUGUGGUCCUACUUCCGCUGGUGGCGAGAUGACGGGCGAUCUCCGCGCUGUGACUAUCAGAGGUUAA